AACAAAACACGAAACCACGUGCUUUCCUCGGCGCUUGUCUGGCUGCCGUUACCGCUGGCAGAUUGCAGCAGCAUGCGAGUUCUCUGAUGACAGUUAUGUGUAUGGCGAUAAGAGGCGGCAAUGCCUCGGGUGGACUUCUUGCCAGCGUACGACAAUUCUGGCUCCUACACAAGGAUCUACCGAGGCAGCAUCCUCUUCCUUAAGUACACCUGGCACGAGCUGCUGCUGCUUUUCUGCAAUGUCGUCAACGUAUUCGUUCAACUUGGUAUGGGCAUCCCGCUGCUCGUCAACUCGGCAAAAGAUGUGCUGGUCGUGCCCAUCAACGCCACCACGACUCACACCAGUGAGAUCACGGUGCAGCCUUACGACCCGUUUGCGUUUGAUGUCAUCGUCCUCUUCUGUGUGGUAUUUGGAGCGUGGUUUGGCCUCUCUGGAGUCCUGUUGGAGCACGAGUAUGAGAUAGCAUUACACAUUGCCUGCAUGGCGUUGGCUUCUCUGUAUGGCGUCACGGAGUACUUUGUCUGCGGGGACUAUCACAACACUCUGCUCGUUAUGUAUCGAGCGUUAGCGUCCAUGACACUGACGAGCACAUCGGCGAUCCUUGCUAUCAAGGCCGUAUUUCAUCCGACGUGGACAGAAUUCGUGCUCGUUGGAGUCUCCGAAGGAAUGAUAGCGAUGUACAAAACAUUCUGCAAGUUUCUCGCCAUGCUGAAGCUGGAGUUUGUGUCGUAUGCCAUAUUUGGGAUCCUGGUGCUGAAUGCUGGCAUUCAUAGUACCCUGUGGCAGUUCACAACUCUGGCGAUCAUUCUUGCAUACGGUCUUGCCUUGUGGUUUAUUGGGUCUCUGGGCGUGAGGAAAGAACGUCCAAUGCUGGUCUACACAUACGUAGCACUCAGCAUGAUAGCCCCACUCUUUCUUGUAUUAGAGAUCAGUGCCAGGUUUCCGAACAAAACCAUUGAGAUCUCCGACGCACCUAUUGUGCAUGUUGUUGCAGGUGGCUUCUGCAUUCUCAUGAGAGUCUAUCUCCAUAUUGAAUUGCUACACGUCUUCAAGAACUUCAAUUAUGGACUUGUUAACCAAGAAUUCUUAGGUCUUCUAACGCCAGAGGCCACUGGCUUGUUGUCCGGGAGAAGACACUGAAUUUAUCGCCGUCCCAGAUCGAUCGCUGUCAUGUAAAGAA